CGACACACGAAGGUGGAAAGUGUCUGUAAGUCGACCUGAAGUGAGUUCAGCAGGCAGAAUCAACAGUUUGAUUGUGAUCAUCCGUGAAAAAUGCAGAUCAUGUCUGGACCGGUCUGACAGCCUGGAUCCACUUGGCUCAGAGACACUGAAGACAUGAUUGAUUCUGCUGAGACCAACGGUCACAGCAGAAUCAAGGAGAGGAGAGGACAGGAGACAAUACUUCAACAUGUACAAAGUGUGGAGAAAACUUUUAUAACAUUCGGGACACUUGUUGGAACUUGGAAAAUGACACAAACUGUCUCAUUGGUGAGACUGUUUGUCCUUUACAGCUUUCUUUAGCUCCUUAGAUGGUUAGUCAGCACCAUCUAGUGGACAGAUAGUAGAACUACAUCACCUGAUGUCUCUCACUCUGAAACACGUCACUCUGAAGUGUUGAGGGUGGGACUUCCUCAACUCAGACGCUCACAGACACAAGAAAGAAGAAGAAACGAGCCGCUUCUUCUCUCCCAGAGUUUCCUCCACACAUGAAGGUGGAAAGUGUCUGUAAGUCGACCUGAAGUGAGUUCAGCAGGUGAGAAUCCUACCAGAGGAAUCUGUAAAUGUUUCAUCAUCAGGAUCACUUUGAUCACAUCGUGCUGCGUCACUGUUUCACUGCACAGGAGGAAUGUUUCUUGAUGCUGAUUGGCUGUUUUAAAAAGUAGAUUCGACAGUUUGAUUGUGAUCAUCAGUGAAACAUGCAGGGCAUGUCUGAACUGGUCUGACAGUUUGGAUCCACUUGGCUCAGACUUGGACUGUGAAGUUAUGAGGGUGUGACGGCGUCCUCAGCUCAGACGCUCACAGACACCAGGACUGACGAAGACGAAGACGAGCAGCUUCUUCUCUCCCAGAGUUUCCUCCACACAUGAAGGUGGAAAGUGUCUGUAAGUCGACCUGAAGUGAGUUCAGCAGGUAGAUUCAACAGUUUGAUUGUAAUCUGAGUUCACAUCAUCAGUGAAAAAUGUCUGGAAUGUCUGAACUGGUCUGACAGUUUGGAUCCACUUGGCUCAGGUGUGGACUCUGCUAUGGAUCAGUUUGAGGACAGAGAGGAGGGAGUCCGUCCCUCUAAAACCACUCUGUGUGGGGAACAUGACAGCCAGACCAAAGCUCAGAGACCAGACUCCCCUGGACCUGGAGCUAGCUGUGUUUCUAUGAAGAGUGACCAUUCUAUGGGUAAAUAUGUUGACUUCAAAGAUGGACACCCCUCUGCUGAUCAAAGACCAGUUUCUCCUGGACCUGAACCUGGACCCAGCUGUGUGUCCAUCAAGAGUGACAGCUCUAUGGAUGAACCUAUUGUCUUCAAAGGUGAACCCCCCUCUGCUGAUCAAAGACCAGACUCUCCUGAACCUGAACCUGGACCCAGCUGUGUGUCCUUCAAGAGUGACACGUCUAUGUUGCAACCACUUUUCUUCAAAGAUGAACACCAGACUGAUCAUCAAAGAGCUCAGCAGCACAGAUCAGAGGUUACUGUUGAUCAUUCUGCUCGGCGGGGUCAAACACAGCUGGACUCCAUAUUUAUGCUUCUUGAGGAACACAUUGUCAGUUUUGUGAAGAACGAGCUGAAGAAGAUCCAGAGAGUCCUGAGUCCAGAUUACCUAGAAUGCUUGGAGAGUCAGAGGGAGGAUGAGGAGGUGUUGGAUGGUGAGGAUGAGAAGCAGAGGAGGAGCAGCAGAGAGGCAUUUCUGAAGAUCACACUGAACUUUCUGAGGAGAAUGAAGCAGGAGGAGCUGGCUGACUGUCUGCAGAGCAGAACUGUUGUACCAGUGUGGCGUCGUAAACAUAAGUCUAACCUCCAGAAGAAGUUCCAGUCUGUGUUUGAGGGAAUCACUAAAGCAGGAAACCAGACCCUUCUGAAUGACAUCUACACAGAGCUCUACAUCACAGAGGGAGGGACUGCAGAGGUCAAUGAUGAACAUGAGGUCAGACAGAUUGAAACAUCAUCCAGGAAACCAGACAGACCAGAAACAAGAAUCAGACAAGAAGACAUCUUUAAAGCCUCACCUGGAAGAGAUGAACCAAUCAGAACAGUGCUGACAAAGGGAGUGGCUGGCAUUGGGAAAACAGUCUUAACACAGAAGUUCACUCUGGACUGGGCUGAAGACAAAACCAACCAGGACAUUCACUUCAUAUUUCCAUUCACUUUCAGAGAGCUGAAUGUCCUGAAAGAGAAAAAGUUCAGCUUGGCGGAACUUGUUCAUCACUUCUUUACUGAAAUCAAAGAAGCAGGAAUCUGCAGGUUUGAAGAGUUCCACGUUGUGUUGAUCUUUGACGGUCUGGAUGAGUGUCGACUUCCUCUGGACUUCCACAACACUGAGAUCCUGACUGAUGUCACAGAGUCCACCUCAGUGGAUGUGCUGCUGACAAACCUCAUCAGGGGGACACUGCUUCCCUCUGCUCGCCUCUGGAUAACCACACGACCUGCAGCAGCCAAUCAGAUCCCUACUGACUGUGUUGACAUGGAGACAGAGGUCAGAGGGUUCACUGACCCUCAGAAGGAGGAGUACUUCAGGAAAAGAUUCAGAGAAGAGGAGCAGGCCGGCAGAAUCAUCUCCCACAUCAAGACAUCACGAAGCCUCCACAUCAUGUGCCACAUCCCAGUCUUCUGCUGGAUCUCUGCUGGAGUUCUGGAGAAGCUGUUGAAAACCAGAGAGGGAGGAGAGCUGCCCAAGACCCUGACUGAGAUGUACAUCCACUUCCUGUUGGUUCAGUCCAAAUGGACAAACGUCAAGUAUCAUGGGAAAUCUGAGAGAGAUCCACACUGGAGUCCAGAGAACAGGAAGAUGAUUGAGUCUCUGGGAAAACUGGCUUUUGAUCAGCUGCAGAAAGGAAACCUGAUCUUCUAUGACUCAGACCUGACAGAGUGUGGCAUCGAUAUGACAGCAGCCUCAGUGUACUCAGGAGUGUUCACACAGGUCUUUAGAGAGGAGAGAGGACUGUACCAGGACAGGGUGUUCUGCUUCGUCCAUCUGAGUGUUCAGGAGUUUCUGGCUGCUCUUCAUGUCCAUCUGACCUUCAUCAAGUCUGGACUCAAUCUCAUGGCAGAAGAACAAACAACCUCCCGACUGUCCACAGUCUACAGAGACAAACCUAAACCAAAACAUCUCUACCAGAGUGCUGUGGACAAGGCCUUACAGAGUCCAAAUGGACACCUGGACUUGUUCCUCCGCUUCCUCCUGGGUCUUUCUCUGGAGACCAAUCAAAGACUCCUCCGAGGUCUGCUGACACAGACAGGAAGUGGCUCACAGACCAAUCAGAAAACAGCCAAGUACAUCAAGAAGAAGGUCAGUGAGGAUCUCUCAACAGAGAGAAGCAUCAACCUGUUCCACUGUCUGAAUGAACUGAAUGAUCGUUCUCUAGUGGAGGAGAUCCAACGGUUCCUGAGAUCAGGAAGUCUCGCCUCAGAUAAACUGUCUCCUGCUCAGUGGUCAGCUCUGGUCUUCAUCCUACUGUCAUCAGAAACAGAUCUGGACGUGUUUGACCUGAAGAAAUACUCUGCUUCGGAGGAGGCUCUUCUGAGGCUGCUGCCAGUGGUCAAAGCCUCCAACAAAGCUCUGUUAACUGGCUGUAAGCUCUCAGAGAGAAGCUGUGAAGCUCUGUCCUCAGUCCUCAGCUCCCAGUCCUCUAGUCUGAGAGACCUGGACCUGAGUAACAACAACUUGCAGGAUUCAGGAGUGAAGCUUCUGUCUGUUGGACUGCAGAGUGAACUAUGUGAACUAAAAACCCUCAAGGUAACUGGCUGUAACCUGUCAGAGAGAAGCUGUGAAGCUCUGUCCUCAGUCCUCAGCUCCCAGUCCUCUUGUCUGAGAGACCUGGACCUGAGUAACAACUACCUGCACGAUUCAGGAGUGAAGAAGCUGUCUGUUGGACUGAAAAGUCCAAAUUGCAGACUGGAUACUCUCAGGCUGUCAAACUGUCUGAUAACAAUGUCUGGCUCCGCUUCUCUGGCCUCAGCUCUGAGCUCCAACCCCUCCCACCUGAGAGAGCUGGACCUGAGCUACAAUCAUCCAGGAGACUCAGGAGUGGAGCUGCUCGAGGAUCCAAACUGCAAACUGGACACUCUCAGGGUGGACCAUGGUGGAGAGCACAGGUUAACACCUGGUCUGAGGAAGUAUUUCUGUCAACUCACAGUGGACACAAACACAGUAAACACAGAGCUCAAACUGUCUGAGAAAAACAGGAAGGUGACAUAUGUGUGGGAGGAUCAGUCAUAUCCUGAUCAUCCAGAGAGAUUUGACUGGUGUCGUCAGCUGCUGUGUAGAGAUAGUCUGACUGGUUGCUGUUACUGGGAGGUCGAGUGGGAAGGAUGGGUUAAUGUAGCAGUGAGUUACAGAGGAAUCAGAAGGAAAGGAAAACGUGAGGACUGUUGGUUUGGAUGUAAUGAUCAGUCCUGGAAUCUGUUCUGCUCUAAUGUUGGUUAUUCUGUCUGUCACAAUAACAGAGUAACAUCCUCCUCCUCCUCCUCCACCUCCUCUGGUAGAGUAGCAGUGUAUGUGGACUGUCCUGCUGGCUCUCUGUCCUUCUACAGAGUCUCCUCUGACACACUGAUCCACCUCCAAACCUUCAACACCACAUUCACUGAACCUCUUUAUCCUGGGUUUGGGUUUAGGUUUUCCCCUGUUUCCUCAGUGUCUCUGUGUCGUCUGUAGGACGAAGACGACUUCCUGUCCUGUGGUCUAAAUAUUAUCCUUCCUUUUACAGUCUGGUAAUUACCAGGUAAAUACCUGGUUAUUAAAUGUAUUUACUAAGUAAUAACAGGUAAUUAAAUGUAAUUGCCUUGUAAUUACAAGUA